CCCUCCAGCCCCGCCGCUCCGCCGCCUCACUGCUGCCGUAGCGUAGUGGUCCGAGCUCUGAGGACCUGCCGCCCGCCGCCGCUCUGCCGCCGCCGCCGGAUCCUCUACCGUUCCACCGAGAUCUCUGGUUUGUGUUUAGAAAUCUGGCAACAGGCUGGUGGAUCCGUCUGCACCUCGGCGGUCUGCAGGGAUCCGCCGUGUUCAGUGUCUCAACGCCACCCUGCCAGAGCCAUUCCUCUUGUACCUUCACCAUUCCCCGGGAUCCCUCUGUACCCUCCACGAUCCCCCCAGGAUCCCUCUGCUAUGGAUCCUCCACAAUCCCCCAGGAUCCCUCUGGAUCCUCCACAAUCCCUCCAGGAUCCCUCUGGAUCCUCCACAAUCCCCCCGGGAUCCCUCUGGAUCCUCCACAAUCCCCCUGGAUCCUCCACAAUCCCCCCAGGAUCACUCUGGAUCCUACACGAUCCCCCCGGGAUCCCUCUGGAUCCUCCCCAAUCUGCUGGAAAUCCCUCUGGACCUGCACCCCCCCCACCCCCCACCCCCACCCCCCCCAGAUCCAUCUGGAUCCUCCACAAUCCCCAGGUAAUCCCUCUGGAUCCUCAUCAACCCCCCCAGGGAUCCCUCUGGAUCCUCCACAACCCCCCCGGGAUCCCUCUGGAUCCUCCACAAUCCCCCCGGGAUCCCUCUGGAUCCUGGUGGCAGACAGCAGCAUGACAGGCUCUGAUCAUCCUGAGAACCUUAAAGGAUGAACCACGAGUUCUGCAUUAACAUGAGCUUCAAGAACGUUCCGUUAGAACGCGCCUUCAGACGGCCCCACGUCACGCUGCGCUCCAGCCCCGCCCUGACCCGCUGCUGGACCGCCGUCGGCCACACGCUGCCCGCCCUGCUGUACGACGCCUACCUGAGGCUGACGGGCCGGCCCCCCCGGAUGAUGAAGACCAUCACUCGACUUCACAAAGCCAUGAUGGUUCUGGAGUACUUCACCAGCCACUCGUGGGCCUGGAGCACGGAGAACAUGUCUAUGCUGCAGAACCACAUGAGCCCUGAGGACAAGAAGGUCUUUAACUUCGACGUCCGCCAGCUGCACUGGGCCGAGUACAUGGAGGACUACUGCCUGGGGACCAAGAAGUACGUCCUGAACGAGGAGCUGUCGGGGCUUCCCGCUGCACGCAAGCACCUCAACAAGCUGAGGAACAUCCGCUACACCUUCAACACCGUCCUGGUGGUCCUGAUCUGGAGGGUCUUCAUCGCCCGCUCGCAGAUGGCCAGAAACAUCUGGUACUUCGUGGUGAACCUCUGCUUCAAGUUCCUGUCCUACUUCAGAGCCUCGUCCUCCAUGAGGUAACGAGGCGGCCUCGCCAGGCGGACGGAUCCCGGAACCAAAGAACCCUGACUGGCUGUGGAGGAGGAGGAGAGGAGGAGGAGAGGAGGAGGAGGAGAGGAGGAGGAGGAGAGGAGGAGGAGGAGCAGUCACACUCCAGACUGAAAGAAGCAACAGACAGAUUGAAAGAAGCGACGGACUGAAGCUGAGCUGAACAAGAUUCAUGUGACUUUCUGUUAGAACUGAACUAAAAUGAUCUGUUUCUCCACCUGCUGCGCCGAUGCUAGCUGAAGCUAACCGAGCUGAAGCUAAAGGAGCUGAUGCUAACUGAGCUGAAGCUAACUGAAGCUAACUGAGCUGAAGCUAACCGAGCUGAAGCUAACCGAGCUGAAGCUAAAGGAGCUGAAGCUAACUGAAACUAACUGAGCUAAAGCUAACUGAGCUGAAGCUAAAGGAACUGAUGCUAACUGAGCUGAAGCUAACUGAAACUAACUGAGCUAAAGCUAACUGAACUGAAGCUAACUGAAACUAACUGAGCUGAAGCUAAAGGAACUGAUGCUAACUGAGCUGAAGCUAACUGAAACUAACUGAGCUAAAGCUAACUGAGCUGAAGCUAACUGAAACUAACUGAGCUAAAGCUAACUGAGCCGACGCUAACUGAAACUAACUGAGCUGACGCUAACUGAGCUGAUCCCUACUGAAACUAACUGCUGAAGAUGACUGAAGCUAGCUGCGCUCAUGACUUGUGUGGAUGUGGAAAUCUUCCGCUGCUGGUUUGGGACGGCGGACGAUCACAGCGAGACCUGAAGAAGCUAAUAUGCUCAACAUGACUGUUUGUGUGUCAAACACAGAAUCACAUUUCUUCAUGAUUUAUUCUGUGAAAAUGUUUCUUGUUGGCAAUUUUUCAGUGAAAAUACUCUUCAGCCUUUUUACGUAGUUAGCUAUAGUAGCUAGCCGUGCUGAGGCUGCGCUAGCUGAUGAGCAGCUGGAAAUAUCCGAAAUAGAAGCUGCUUGUAGCUCAGAGAAGCUAACGUGACGUCAGCUUGACAGAACUGCUUAUUCACUUGGAAAAGUCUUUUCGUAACGGCGAAUGGUUUUAAAAACCGUGUGGAAGUCAAAACAGCCGAUCUGAAAAGCGAACAUGUCGCCUCUCAGUGUGACAGCGUUUUCACAACCACACUCAUGAAAUGACUGAAUCUGCCAGAAGAAAAUAUCUGAUGGAGAUGAGAAAGCCAAUCUUUAAAAAAUGAAAAAAAUAGCUGCACGGUUACAAACAGCUGUUACAGUUUGUAGAAUAGUUAGCUAGGGUGCUUUAGCAUAGCCUGUACAGAUGUUUCUGUAUGUGCAGAAGUGAUGAGUGUCGUCUGACCGUGACCAUCGUUUGCAAAUUGUGUUUGAGGAAUGACUUAAGUUUUUUAUUACAUAAGUACUUCGAACUGCAAAUCCACUGGUUCAACUCAGUUUCCAGCUACGUCAAUCGCUUGAGCUAACGGCUAACGACUCAGGGGCUAACGGUGCCGAGGCUAACGACUGAGGCUAACAACUGAGGCUAACAACUGAGGCCAAGGACUCAGGGGCUAAUGACUCGGAGGCCAACAGGUCCUGCAUGGUUUCAGUCAGUCCUUCAGGUCCUGGAUGGUUUCAGUCAGUCCUUCAGGUCCUGGAUGGUUUCAGUCAGUCCUUCAGGUCCUGGAUGGUUUCAGUCAGUCCUUCAGGUCCUGGAUGGUUUCAGUCCUUCAGGUCCUGAUUGGAAGUGGACCUGGUUCUUGUCCCGCUGGACUUGGACUCUGUACAGCUUUAAAACAUCAGGAAACGCUUCACCGCCGAGCCUCAACUGGGUUUUUCUGACUCUGUGUGUGUGUGUGUGUGUGUGUGUGUGUGUGUGUGUGUGUGUGUGUGUGUGUGUGUGUGUGUGUGUGUGUGUGUGUGUGUGUGUGUGUGUGUGUGUGUGUGUGUGUGGUCCUGUUUACUCCACAACUAUUUCAAGUGAAAACAAACUAUUUGCAUUUCAGGGUCCCAGUCCAUAUUCUCCUGGUACCAGUCUAAAUUCUCCCAGUCCUGGUUCUGGUGCCAGUCCAUGUCCUCCUGGCCCUGGACCUGGUCCUGGUUCUGGUCCCAGUCCCUCUAACUAGUGGAACACCAUGAGAACUACAUGGUUUCAUGGUUUGCUGUUGUUGCUGUGGAAACGCGAAACUUUCCAGAAACUAAACUGUUUCACUUGGAGCGUUGCCGUGGAAACAGACCCUUUAAACUUACUAGAACCAUUCCAAGAUCCCUGAGGGGGUCUUGGAAGGGGUCUUGGUGGUUUCUUGGUGUGGGCUUCAUGUUUCUGUGGUGAAGCUUUUGACCGGUUCUGCUUCAGUAGUUUAUUGACCGGUUCUGCUUCAGUAGUUUAUUGAUCCGUUCUGCUUCAGUAGUUUAUUGACCGGUUCUGACUGAUGGACUCUCUGCCUCAUUUCUGGACAUUGUCUUGGUCUUCUUGACCGUGUUUCAGGUUCUUCGCUGUCUUUUCACUCCUGCAGACUGAGUUCCGUCUCCACACAGCGAGACCUUCGGGUUCCAGACUGUUCUGAGGGUUUGGGUCUCUGGGAUUUGGCGGACAGGAGGAUCCGGAACACUGUGGUUCUCAUUGUUUCGGGGUUCUGGGGUUCUCUAGACUGAACAAACUUAACGACGUGUUUGGUGUCAGGAUUUCGUGUUUGAGUGUGAACAAAUAAAAGUUCCUGGUCUCUGGU